AUGCAAUCUGCAAAGCGCUCAGCCGAAGACUUCGCGCGAGUCCACCACGAAGCCUUCGAUACAGACCACCCCUCCAAGAAACCUUGCUUCGACGUGCGCAACCCUUCCGCGCUCGCCCCCGAUGAACUAGAAGACGAUGCCGUCCUAGACGCAGAUGUCAUCGGCGCACGAGGCCAACAAGUCAAGCGCGGUGCAGUCAACGUAGACGGGUACGACUCCGACAGCGACAAUGAGAACUUCGAUGCUAGAGCUGCUGCCAAAGCCAAGGCACAGAAGGAUGCAGAUCGGAAGACAAAAGAGGAGGAGCAGGAUGAUAUGUUUGCCGAGCUGGAGGAGGAGUUCAACAAGGAUGGGGACGACAGUGAAGGAGACACCGAACGCAAAGGAGGAGGGAAGAGGAAGUCGGUAAAGUUCUUGGACGAGGAUCAGAUUGAGGGACAGGUCAAGAAUUCUAAAAGUGGUGGACAUGUUAGUGCUGAUUUCUCUCUGAAUGGAAGUGCGAGGAAACAUGGGAAGGGCAAGGAUAUUGACCAGGAACAAGAGAGCAGCUCAGACUCGGAAGUCGACGACGUGAUGAGAGCAGAUGCUGGUGACCUUGAUGAAGAGCUGGGUGCAGGUGGGAAGAAGAAACAUGCACCGAAACUGGAUGCUUUCAACAUGAGGGAAGAGAAUGAAGAGGGCAAAUUCGACGAACAAGGCAAUUAUGUAAGAAAAGCAGUCGACCCGGAUGCCAAGCAUGAUAUCUGGCUUGAAGGUAUCAGCAAGAAGGAGAUGAAGAAGGCUCAGGAUGCACAUGAAAAGCGAGAGAAGGAGCGUCGGCAGAAGACCAUUGAAGAUGAUGCUAAGAGUGAUGAAGACGUCUUGAGAAAUCUACUGCCACUGUUACAGCCUUCGGAGACGAUACUUGAGGCGCUGGCAAGGUUGAACAGAGGUCACAAGAAGAAGCCAAAAUGGCAGAACAAGUCGAAGAAGAAAAGCACAAAUGGUGAGGCAGAUGCAGCAGUGGACGAGACUGAUAACAAGGACGAGGAGAGGACUAAAACCAUUGAUUCUAUCACGGAAGCUGCUGACCUUUUGCUGUCUCGAGGUCAACCAGAGAUUUACGAUGCUGAAAGAGAAAUGCUCAUAAGGCAAUACCAGCGGUUGACUGGUGAGAUUUGGAAAGACCCUGACACCGAACCACCUGAGAACCAGCAACAGGAUCUGGUGACUGACUCUGCCUAUUGGCAAUAUCGCUGGUCUGAUGCUCGAGAUGGAGGCGACAGCCACGGUCCAUAUGAUACAAAUACCAUGAAGGCUUGGUCGGAUGCUGGCUAUUUUGGCGACGGAGUGGAAUUCCGGAAGGUGGGCGAGGACUGGACUCGUAUUCCUGAUUUCGUAUGA